AUGAUCCCAAUAACGUCUUGGUAUAUUUUAAUUUUAUUGAUAAUUUCACGAGCGAUCACAUCAGAAACGUCGAAAAAUUUCAGCCCAAAAGCACCAAAGUCAAGUAGUGAUGAGAAACUUCAUUCUACAAAUUCAGCGGCUGAUCAACCACAUUCAAGACAAAAGAGAUUAAUUUGGGUAGCUGAUGAUGGGAGAUUAGCACUUCCGCCAGGAACAAGUCUGGUGAUAGCACCAACGUUAGCGAUGCCUUUCAUUCGAUAUCCACCUGAUGGAUUUCAUUCCAAUAUUUCCAUUUCAUUACCUUUAACAAUUGAUUUUGAUAAGUUGGGGUUGACUGACAAUCAAAAUCCUUUGGGAACUUUGGGCCCAUUUUUUGGACGAAGUAUGGGACGUUCAGCAGGUUCCAUCUUAGCUGAUUAUGUUUAUAAAUUUUUGAAACAUCGAACGAAGCGUGACAUUGGAAAUGAUUUCAUGAAGAUCAAUCAAAUUGAAAAUGAGAUUCCGACGCUGCCUGAUGAACAUAAACACGCUUUUCAUGGAGGCGAACGUGCACUUCUCUAUGCAGUGCUUGAAGAUUUUCUCAGUAAUUUCGGUCUCGAUGGUCACAACUGUUUAUUGAGAGCGAUUUGUGAAGUUCACUCAAAAAGCAUUCAUCGUUAUGGAUUGUUUGGUGAAUUUUUAAAGCUUUUUUUCACAGCUUCUUUGUCACCAUACUCAAAACUUCUUUCCGAAUACGUUGAAGCUGAGAAAAUGGGAAAGGAAGUGAGUGAAUGUCUUCCGUACUACAAGCAAUGUCCAAAAAGCAUUUUUAAAAGUUCCAGCAUCAGUUCAAUGACGCGUAACAACGCUUUUACAAUUAAUUCUGCACAUGAGUCAAUGUAAUAAAAUAAUUAUUAAUCGUUAAUUAAAAAUCUAAGUGGCC